AUGAGGGAUCGGCCCGUCAUCAGCAUCGAAAAUUACACCAAAUACUGCGGCGAUGCUGAUGAGAACAAAAUGCGCCUUUCUACGACUGCGGGAUCGCAGAGACGUAAACUCUGGAUCGUACGUGCUCAUGCACCUACGGAAACCGCUGAGGACAACAGUAAGGAGGCCUUCUAUGAUGAACUCAAUGCGUUGAUGUCUGAACUACUAAGCCAGCGAGUGGUCAUUGUCGGAAUCGACGCAAAUGCGAAGAUGGAACAACAAUCCGAUGUGCUGCGAAAAUGGUAUUAUCCAGCGGAGCGCACGCCGGACAACGGUGACCGUCUGGUCGACUUGUGCGAACAGACGGGCCUCAUCAUCGCUUCCACGUUUAAGAGGAAUCGUCGACGCCAUUAG